GUUGCGGUUGGCACCGAAACAAUGGACUGUAUUAUGGGUGUAGUGUGUCGCUUAGCGGGAGAGAGUGUUUAUUUGCUUUGUCCCUGAAUCGUAAUACCCCCGAUAUCAUCCAUCACAUGCGCAUACGGGAGUACGUGCGGCACAAGCCGCGCGCCAUGCUUAUCCGCGGAAAUCCGAGAAGAGUUUGACAAGUGAUUUUGCGGAUUUUCUUCUAUAGAUUGGCUUAAAUAAUUUAUCGCUAGAUACGUAUUCCCGGAUCAUUGCAUUAUUGCUGCAAAGCACGGGACGCAAGAAAUAACUUUAACUGUGCGUGUUAACUAGCGACAUUACCGCUUGGAUGAAUAUUUCUUGUCAUGAUGAGAUAUUACGGGAAAAUAUGAUCGCGUGGAUUUAUAAUUUUAUUGAAUGUAAUUAAUGAUCACCGUGGAUUUUCAUGCCGCAUCCAGCUGCGAUGUGAUGGCCAGCCCGAUGCAGUCCAAACCGCUGAUGUCCACGUGGAUAACGCGCUGUCUGGAUAUCGGUGCGGAUUUUCUCUUUGCCUAUGAAACGCCGAAAAUCAUCAAUAUCCGCAGCAAAAAAAUCGGCGCCAUCCACCGGCUGGUGCAGGCCGCCAUCGUCGCCUACGUCAUCGGAUACGUCUUCAUCUGGAGCAAGGGCUACCAGGAAGUGGACCACGUGGAGAGCAGCGUAGUGACCAAAGUCAAGGGACUGAUCCGCACGGCGCCGCCCUAUCCGCUCAACACGCACAUCUGGGACAGCAUCGAUUUCGUCAUUCCGCCACAGGAGAAUAAUGCCUUUUUUAUUGCCACCAAUCUCAUUGCUGCGCCGGAUCAAGUGCAGGCCGAUUGUCCCGAGGACGGCAAUGUAAAUAGUCCCAACGUGCGUUGCCGCGUUGACGCGGAAUGCCCAGCCGGCACGGCAGUGAUCAACGGGAACGGUUUCCGCACGGGACGCUGUUCUAACGGCACGUGCGAGAUCAGCGCUUGGUGUCCGACGGAGCAGGAUAUCCUGCCGCACCCGCCGAAUCUGGCCGGAUCGGAGAAUUUCACGGUGCUGGUGAAGAACCACAUCAUGUUUCCCAAAUUCAAGCUGAAACGACGGAAUAUUCUGACGUCACUGAACGCCAGUUAUCUGGCCACGUGCCGCUUUCAUCCGGUCACGGAUAAGUACUGUCCCAUCUUCGUUAUGAAGGAUAUCGUGCAGAAUGCCGGCGAGGAUUAUACGGAGAUGAGCAGUCGGGGCGGUGUAAUGGGCUUCAUAAUCGAAUGGAACUGCGAUCUGGACUUCUCCUCCGAAUACUGCCUGCCUGAGUACAAAUUCCGCCGCAUGGACAACAAGGAGGACACCCUGGCUAAAGGCUGGAACUUCCGAUAUGCCCAUUACUGGACGGAUGAGUACGGUCAGGGCCGGCGCACCAUGCUCAAAGCCUACGGGAUCCGGGUGGUGUUUAACGUGUACGGCAGUGCCGGGCGCUUCUCGGCGGUGGUGUUCGCCAUGAAUUUGGGAUCCGGCAUCGGUCUGCUGGGAAUGGCCACACUGCUCUGUGACUUCAUCCUGCUGCACUGUCUGAAGAAUAAGAACAAGUUCAAGAAGCACAAGUUCAUCCGCCUGGAGAGCAACUUCCUUAAACGCAAUCCCCGUGAUCCAGCACAUGAGAACGGUAAACCGAAUAACUGGCGCAAAGAACAAGUCUACCGGAAACCGAAGAACACCAAUAUUGACAUGCGCAACACCAGUGCGUUCAUGCAAACGUCGCUGGAUGACAGUAACGGCCUGGAUCCGUACAUAAGAGCCGGUGACAGUUUCCCCUGUAAAGAAUACACGCUGUCGCUACGGUAGAAUUUAAUACCUCGCUGCAGCGAGACAGCGAUCUUUCCGCACUGAUGCUUCCAGAUUGCUCUGUUAAUAUAUUAUCAAUGAAACGUGAUAGGAAACCCCGUACCUGGUUGUGCAUAGUCUGCUUUUUGUCAAGGUGCAUUGUCGUGGAAUAACGCUUAUAAUACUGAACCAAAAAAAU